AUGGAGCUGAAGGAGAGCAUCAAGCGAACCGAGGAGGAAGACAAAGAGGAGAAAGAGAAGAUGGCGGCCAUCCAAAACAAGCUCAAGAACAUGCAGGCCCAUUCCUUCAAGGAGCGGCUGGAGGUGGGCAGUCUCGUCGCCAAGGAGCUCUCCUCCUCCAUCUUCUACGGCUUGCGGGAUUCGCUUCGGGUCAAGCACGCCACCAUCUCCAUCCAGAAAUCCAAUAGGGUCUACAACCACAUCAUCGACACUCUCAUCUUGAACGGACCGCUGCUCCUCUUCAUGUACAUUCUUUUUAAAUACCUCUUCGAGCCCCACUUCCACUCCAUGCUCAACUUCAAGGAGCACUCCGGCUUCACGCUCGUGCUUGUACAAAUUAUGGAGUUCCUACUCAAGGCCUCCUUCUUGGUUCUGUGGGUGGGUCCGAUCUACGUCCUGUCCGUGGUGCUGAACAUGCAAUGGUCGCAAGAAGUCGGCAACGGAGCAUUCUCCCUUUAUCUCUACAUCAGACGGGGUAAGACCGUUCAGAAGGCCUCCAAACCACUGUCGGACACGAUUGCUCAGAUCAUCUACUGGCAAGUCAUCUUCGGCGUCUUCAACUUGCUCAACUUCCUCUGUAAAUUCGUUCCGAUUGUUGGGCCGCCCUUCUACUUCAUUUGCCUGUGCUGGCUCAACGCCGUCUACUGUUUCGACUACAAGUGGGGCAAUCAGAAAUGGAGCCUGCACAAGAAGAUAAGCUAUUGCGAAACGCGUUGGCUCUACUUCAUCGGUUUCGGGCUGCCGAUCACGUUGGCCACCUUCUUCUUCGAGUACAUUAUCAGCUACUCGCUUGUGUCGUUGCUGUUCCCUAUGUUCAUUCCGAUGGCCAUGUAUGGGUCACCCAAGACGCAGAGCCUCUGGAAACCGAUCCCAAUGUCGAGGUUCCUCGACAGCAGCAUCAUCGCGCCGCUCAUCCGGUUCAUCUUCACCCUGCCCUCGCAGGUCGAGAAGCUCGAGCAGAAGGCCGACACCAUCGUGCGCUUCCUGGCCAUUGCCGUCUGCUCCUCCGUCGUUCUCGGCGUCGUGACCUACCUCCUCCACUAUCUCGUCUACUGA